ACAAUCAUGCAGGCAGCCACCGCACUCCAACCUUCAAUUGCCAAUUGAGAAAUCUCUAAGAUGUUGAGGUUUACGGUUCAAGCACGUAGAUGCAGAGAGCGCUUGGAUGUAAAAGAACAAGUUAAAAGAAGUUGAAACAAAAAACACCUGGCAAGAGGGAAAAGGGUCAAGUCAAUAAAGCAAAUCUAAGGAACAGCGUCUACAAUAUGACAAGACAACCUGAAAGCUCACAGAAUGCUCCAACUCAGUAAUUACUUAAAUAUGGAAGACAACUCGGUAAACUAACCGGGGGUGUAGCUGGAAACACUUCCACCAUGAAACACAAGUGAGUGGGCGGGAGCAGCAAAGAAAUGCCACAGCACACCUGCCAAGAUCAUGAAGUGGAAAAACAAAAACAAAACGAGCAGAACAUGUCAUCACACCCCACCCACCAACCUCCGGCUACCAGAUUGUUGGGGAUGAGGAAACCGGGCAAUGAUGCCAGCCACCCGUUGACAAUGCUCAGGUCUGUAACCCACCCAGUCAACUAUGUGUUGUAUACCCCGUCCCAUAAUAUGGCAGGCAAGGAGCUCGUCAAUGGCGUAGACAGGUCCACUAUUCACAAAACGCGGAGGGUGUCGCUCCAUUUCAGCGGCCAGAAGGGGGCUCACCCUUGCUGGCUUCAAUUUGCUGACAUGGAACACCAGAUGGACCCUCAAGCUUGAUGGAAGAUCCAAUCACAAACCAACCUCAUUGUUGACCUUUGUGAUGUGAAAGAGUCCAAGGAACUGUGGAUGCAGUUUUCUUGAGCCACCUUUCAGGGGAAUGUCUGAGGAGGAAAGCCACAGUUUAUCUCUGGUAAUUGAUAUUUUAGGUAUUCAUUACUUAUAGACCAUAAACAUAUAAUGACAAAAUAACAAACUGGCUGUUCUGGAACUAGAACUGCAGAUCUGUUACUUCAUAGCAGCAGCUCUGUUGUUUCACCAGUAAUGAGAAAAUUAGGAUGUUUGUCAGAAGUGUCCAAACAGUUGAAACGAUAGUUUAACCUUCAUAAUUGGUCCGGGAGAUGACGGGAAAACAGAGCGGGAUCUGAUGAAAAAACAAAACAAAAAGAAAAAAAAUACUGGAAUGAAGUUCCUGUCUGUAGACAUUCCUGUGCACGAUGUAUCGGGUUUAAUAUCAUAACAAAAACCAAAAAGUUGAUUGGUCGGCUGAUGUGACGUCGUCAUAUGUGCAGGUGUAAACUCUGCAAGGAGAACAGAAGCAUCAGAUGAGGAACAGAGUUUUCUUCAGGCUGCAGAUCAUCGGAGAUCUAAACUGACUUCAGAUCUUCAUCGCUUCACUUCAGCCCAGCAGUGAUGAUGAAGAUGUCUUCAGUCCUCCUCCUCCUCCUGGCUCCAAUGUUAGCUAGCUGCUUUGUGCGCUUCAUGCCAGAAGACUGCAUGGACAUCCACAACCAGGACAAGACAUUGAAAAGUGGAGUGUUCACCAUCUACCCCCAUGGUUGUACGUCUGCUUUGGAGGUCUACUGUGACAUGGAGACAGAUGGAGGCGGCUGGACGGUUUUCCAGAGGAGGAUGGACGGCUCUGUGAACUUCUACAGACCCUGGAACGAGUACAAGUCUGGUUUUGGUAGAGCUUCUGGAGAGUACUGGCUCGGUCUGGAGAACAUCUAUGCCAGGACACGUCGGGGGAAUCAUGAGCUUUGGGUCGACAUGGAGGAUUUUGAAGGACAAAGAGCAUUUGCUCGUUACUCCUCCUUUUCAAUCAAUGGCAGGGCUGAUGGAUACACCCUGCAUGUGUCUGGAUUCAGUAAUGGAGGCGCCAAUGACUCUCUGGCUUUUCACGACGGCAGAAAGUUCUCCACCUUUGAUAAUGACCAAGACAGAACAGGAGAGAACUGUGCCAAAUUAUAUUUAGGGGCAUUCUGGUACGCGGCCUGUCACCUCGCAAACCCCAACGGUCUUUAUCACUGGGGGGAUGACAACACCGUUCCUGCUGUUGGGAUUCUGUGGGCUUCCUGGAAGGGUCAUGACUAUUCUCUGAAGAGCAUGAGCUUCAUGAUCCGUCCUGUGACAUAGAUCUGUAGGAAAAACGUUCAGCCGUGCAGCUUGGUCUGCUGUGUGAUUUCAAACUAUCUUUAGAAUCAUUUAAUCAGAAUCUGACAUAACAAAAAUCAAAUGGUGAUUGUGAGCAGCUGCUGCUGCAUUUUUGGUGGAGGUUUCCUUUCUGAACUGAAUCAUUUACUGCUGACAAUAAACGAGAAGCAAAGCAA